UGCCUAGUGGAAGGCAUGGGACCCUGCAGCCUACUUCCUGACCUUAGAUGGUGUCUAUUUGCCUGCUUACCUGUAGUUGCUGAGGGCCGAGCACAGGAAUGGAACCAUGAGGAAAGAGCAGCAUCAAUCACAUCAAGUCCUGGUAUUUCCUCUAAGGGCAAUGUGACUUUUGAGGACGUGGCUUUGUACUUCUCCCAGGAGGAAUGGCUCCUCCUUGAAGAGCAACAGAGACGCCUGUACCACGAUGUGAUGCUGGAGAACUUUGUACUUAUAUCCUCUCUGGGUUGUUUAUGUGGUAUAGAGAAUGAGAAGGCACCUUCUGGACAGAGUGUUUCUCUGGAGAGAAUGCCACAAAUGAGGACUCCAAAGCCAGAUCCAUCAAUCCAGAAGGCUCAUCACUGUGAGAUGUGUGUUCCCAUCAGGGAAGGUAUUUUGUACCUGACCAAGUAUCAAGGAAUGAAUACUGGGCAGAAAUCGAACACUCGUGUGGCAUCUGCAAAACAGUUCUGUUUUUAUGCACGUCUUCACCUACACCAGAAGGAGCACAGUAUGAAGAAACUUGACAGCGAGGAUGUGGACAAGGCCUCCUUUAUGAAGAGCUAUGAAAGUCAUUCGUUGUGGAAGCCUUUCACCUGCAGGGAGGUUGGAAAGGAUGUCUUGGCCAGUGUGGGUCUUCUCCAGGCCACUCCCAAAAUGGCACUGAGUGUACUCAGCAGUGCUGAGUGUACAGAGGCCUUUCACCAUGGAAAAAGUCUUUACAAAUGUGAUCACUGUGGGAAAGCUUUUCGCCACAAACGUACACUUACUCAGCACCGGAGAAUUCACACUGGAGAAGGACUAUAUGAGUGCAGUGAAUGUGGGAAAAGCUUCGGCUACAAGCACACAUUUGUUCAGCACAAGACAAUCCACACUGGAGAAAAGCCUUUUGAGUGCAGUGAAUGUGGGAAGGCCUUCAGGUUCAAAUAUAAACUUGUUCAGCACCAACGUGUUCACACUGGAGAAAGACCUUAUGAGUGCAGUGAAUGUGGGAAAGCUUUUGGAUGCAAAUCUAAACUUUCUCGGCACCAGAGAAUCCACACCGGGGCAAAGCCUUACAAGUGUGCCGAAUGUGGGAAAUUCUUUAGACAAAGCUCCAGCCUCGUUCAACACCAGAGAAUUCACACUGGAGCAAGGCCUUAUGAGUGUGGUGAAUGUGGGAAAUCUUUUAGCCAGAGCUCUAUCCUCAUUCAGCAUCGGAGAAUUCACACUGGAGAAAGGCCAUUUGAAUGUGGUGAAUGUGGCAAAUCCUUUAGACAAAGGUCCAGCCUCAUUCAGCACCAGAAAAUUCACACAAGAGCAAGGCCUUAUGAGUGCACCGAAUGUGGGAAGUCCUUUAGCCAGAGCUUCAGCCUCAUCCUACAUCGGAGAGUUCACACUGGAGAAAGGCCUUAUGAAUGCAGUGAAUGUGGAAAAUCCUUUAGCCAAAACUACAGCUUCAUUCAACACCAUAAACUCCACACUAGAGAAAGGCAUUACAACUGCAGUGAAUGUGGGAAGGCCUUCAGCCGCAAAGACACACUUGUGCAGCAUCAGAGAAUCCACACUGGAGAGAGGCCUUAUGAGUGCAGCGAGUGUGGGAAAGCUUUCAGCCGCAAAGCCACACUUGUGCAGCACCAGAGAAUCCACACUGGAGAGAGGCCUUAUGAGUGCAGCGAGUGUGGGAAAUCCUUUAGCCGUAAGGAUAACCUUACUCAACACAAAAGAAUUCACACUGGAGAAAUGCCUUAUAAGUGUGGUGAAUGUGGAAAAUACUUUAGCCAUCACUCCAAUCUAAUUGUACACCAGAGAGUUCACAAUGGAGCAAGGCCUUAUAAGUGCAACGAUUGUGGGAAAGUCUUCAGACACAAAUCCACACUUGUUCAGCACGAGAGCAUCCACACUGGAGAAAAUCCUUACGUUUGCAGUGAAUGUGGGAAAUCCUUUGGCCACAAAUAUACCCUCUUUAAACACCAGAGAAUUCACACUGAGGCAAGGCCUUUUGAGUGCAUUGAAUGUGGGAAAUUCUUUAGUCGAAGCUCUGACUUUCUUGCACACCAGAGAGUUCACACAGGUGAAAGGCCUUUUGUGUGCAGCAAAUGUGGGAAAGAUUUCAUCAGAACCUCCCACCUUGUUCGGCACCAAAAGGUUCACACUGGAGAAAGGCCAUAUGAGUGUAAUGAAUGUGGGAAAGCCUAUAGCUUAAGCUCCCACCUCAUUCGGCACCAGAAAGUUCACACUGCAGGAAGGCUUUAGGAGUGCUUUCAACACAACAGGAGCUUGGUGAUUACCCUUUGAGAGGGAGACAUCAAUCAGAUGUUGAACUUUGUAUACCUAAACAUUAACAUUGGGGAGGUACCUUAUGAAUGCCGGGUACAGGAGAAGCUUUCAGGGGCUGUAUUGCACUGUCAGACGUGCUCAGGUUCCUUGCCUGAUUUGUGUCAAUACCUAUGGCUGAAACCAUCUCAACUCUACGAGCUUAGUCGCCCUAAUAUCCUCAGAGAAGGCAGAACUUUGUAUUCUUUUUUCAAUUCUUGGAGGAAAUUCUAAUAAACAGUUAAAUGGGGGGUCCUCAUUCCCUCCCCACUGACUGGUAAAGGUGUGGACAUGACCCAAGUUGUGUUCUGGUAGCCAAAAAAAAAAAAAAGGUUUGCUUUCUUCAUGGCUAUUGUUCGUCUCGUGAUAGUUGUGACAGAUUUUUCCAGCCUCCAAGUUACCAAGCCUAGACUUGCCUAAUGUUGCUCUGGUAUGUGUGAUAAUAAAGAUGUUAUUUAUGCCAUCUUUAA